AUGGUAGCCGAAUUGGUCCAAUGGGCCAAAACACAGGGUUUGGAGCUCAACGAAGGCAUAGAGUUCAGAGGUAUUGGGGAGAAUAAUACGGGGGCUUUUUAUACAACCAACAAUGGAGAAAAGCCAUAUAUUCGCUUACCAGUGGAAUUGGCUAUCACGGUUGAUUCUGCCCUUCGAAGUUUUGGUCAAGAUUUGGAGGCAUUGCGGGACCAAUGUGAUAGCUCAAACACGGUUCUCAAGUUGUGUUUGGCAAGAGAGCGAUCUCGGUUGAAAAAUUCAACAAUCAAGAAGUAUCUUGAGUGUCUACCAACACUUCAACAAAUGAACACUCCCUAUUGCUGGGAUGCAGAAACAAAGAGGUAUCUUCAAGGAACCAACCUCGGUAGCUCAUUGAAGGAAAACAUUGGCGUUUUGGUUGAAGAAUGGUGGAAAAUCAUCAAUUUACUUCCCGACCUGGUACAGAAGCCAGAACAGCAUUUUGUGAAUAUGAAAUACUAUUACGAGUCCAAGUUUUACACAGAUGACGACGCAUACGCAUACUUUGUCACCAACGAAGAUCCAGCAAACUGGACAAGUUUUCCAAACUUUUUAUGGGCUUCUAUCAUUCUCAAGUCUCGGUCGUUCCCAGCCUAUUUGAUAGCAGAUGCUGUAGAUUGGGACGUUAAGCGGCACGAUACGAUGCUAUUGCCGGUGAUUGACCUCUUGAAUCAUCUGCCUUCAGCUCACGUGGAGUGGGGCUUGGAGCGUAAAGAAUCAAAGAGCUAUUUUGUGUUCAAGUCGGAUGAUGUAAAAUCGGGUUCACAAUUGUUCAACAACUAUGGCAUGAAGGGGAAUGAAGAGCUACUUUUGGCAUAUGGCUUCUGUCUUGAGGACAAUUCGUCGGAUGUAUCUGCAUUAAAAAUCAAGGUGCCUCCACAAUUGUUACCUCAGUUGCAGCAGUUUGGAGUCCGUUUACCUCGUCUUGAAGAUCAUACAAACUCCAUUGUGGAAAAGCCAGACACUGAUCCUAACGACAACGAGAACCACGAAGGCUUGUAUUUUCUCAAAAAAAAUGUUGUUCCGCCCGACUUGAUUCUUCUUUUCCAAGUGCUUGUUAAGAACGAAAUGGAAACCGAAGUCACACUAAGAAUGAAGUUAGCCGGUCUUAAUCAGCUUCGCAAAGCUCUCGAGGCUAAGGCUGACAUCCACGCAGCACUCAAAGUUCCUGAUGUGGACAAUGAUAACUACAGAAACAUGAAAAUUUAUGUCGAGUCACAGAAGGUCAUUUUGGCUUCUUGUGUUAAGCAAAUCAAGCAUAUUGAAAAAGACAUGUUGGCGGAUCCCAAUAUCAAACCUCGUUUGAUCUCGUUGAAAACUGUCUAUAAGAACGAUCUUCGGUUCCAACAAUCAUUAUUGGUGACUCUAGGAGUUACUUCAUACGACACCUUGAUAGAAAACCAGCUUCAAGACCAAUGCUGGCUCCUUUGGUUAAUGCGUUGUUACAACCGGCCGCAGUAUAUAAAGCUGAAAGACGACGAGGAAGAAAAUUACUUGCCUGAAUGGGUUCAUGACGCAUUUGUCAAAUUGAAGGAGAAAACCACCGUUAGUGCCAUGGCGGUUGUUCAACACAAAGAGUUAUACCAAGAGCUAGUUGUGCCGCUUUCACAGAUGGUUCCUGAAAUCUACGGCGUCGGGUCGUGGAAAGUAGAGGACAUGGUUGUCAGUGGUCUAUUGUUGGAUGCAAUCAGUUUUCACCGAGGCAAAAACCAAGAGUGCAUUUUAGUAGGGCCUAGUACAUAG